AUGGAAUCUGUAAUAAGCUUAUCUCCAGACCCAUUUGUGCAGACUCCGGAAGUGGCAGGCCUCGACACGUGCACCUUCUACCAGUUCCUAAACAAUAAAAAUGUCACCAUGGUGAUGUUCUACGACCCGAAACUCUCCAAGUGUCGCGCAGCCGCCCCAGACUUCGCACUGAAUCUAAGACCUUCUAUACAAGCAACAUGCUUUAUAUGGAGCUUUGUAGCCGCCGAGCAAGAGAUAGACAGUGCAACAAGUG